AUGAAUGGAGGUAACAAUGCCGCAUAUACACGUUAUGAAAAACUUUGUACAAAUUGCUCAAAUAUACACAUUGGAAGCUUCGAGGGAAUAGUGGGCAAGUUCGAACUCAGUACGCUGAAAUCGAUGUAUUUUGACGAGUUUGUUGAAGCGAUUAGUCUUGACAGAAAUAUUGAGGCUGCAUCAGUUCAGAAUUUUGCACCAAAACAUCUUGCUAGAAUAUCGCAAAGGCAUCGAAUUCUUAGACAUCAGACAAUGGACUACGUUUAUGAGAAUCGUACAUCUACGGUAUACCUUUUGGAUUCAGGGAUUUGCUCCAAUUGCUCGGAAUUUGGGGAUAGAGUAAUAUCUAGUGAAAACCAGAGGAAGGAAGAAUUCAGCGAACAUGGCACUGAGGUGGCUUCAAUUUUAGGUGGAGAGACACUAGGAGCGGCCAAAAACGCUAUUAUGAUCGAUUACAAGGUAUUGAAUGAAAAUGGAAGGGGAAAAAUGAGUGACGUUCUCUUGGCACUUGAGGAAAUAAAUGAAAAGAAAGUGAAUGGAGUGAUAUUGCUGCCUUUUGUGGGAAGACGGAAUUUCAUACUCGACUGUGCUAUAAGCGAAAUGGUGGAAGCUGGAUUUAUAGUUAUUGCUGCUGCCGGAAAUUACCAAACAGAUGCAUGUUUGUUUAGUCCAUCUGGUUCUUCAAGUGUCAUAACUGUUGGAUCUGUUGACGUUACUACAGAUGAAUUGGCUCCAUUUAGUAACUAUGGCCCCUGCGUUAAUCUGUAUGCUGACGGGGUGAAUUUAGAAACCAUGACAACUAACGGAUCUGUGACUUUGCAGUCGGGAACAUCGUUUUCUGCAGCAUUGGUUGCAGGAGUUGUCAGUAGUGUUUUUACAUUAAAUAGUACGAUGGGUGGUAACUUAAACGAAAUUAUCACUGAAAUACGGACACCAAAGGCGGGGAGCACAAAUUUGCGGCAAUUCGACCACGAAAUACGCAUAUUAUCGUAUUUAGCUAAAGACUAG